GUAGCAUCAGAGGAGACAUAUCGUUUUCGGGUAAUUCCAGUGACGCGUCGAGGCCUACCAUCCAGUGCAAAUUUGAAAGCAAACGCAAACUACACCUUCAUUGGAUAUACUGUCGACUCGUUCUCCAGUAAUCUGCAUCCCGAAAUUGGAUCGGUCCCCUUUGAUAUUGUGCAGAAAGAUUCAUCGCUUAGUGUUGUGUGGAAGAGCAAACAAGGAAAUUCAAAUUACGGUUCACAAGACGCAGGAGUUCAAGCAGUUGUGCGCUAUGCACGAUCCGAUAUUUCACCACUAAGAGAAAAAACUGAAAAGGGCACACUUUUUGGUGGAUCGUUGAAUCUGAGUGCGACAUUUGAAGCGUUUCGAAUCUAUCAGUUUUGUAGUCGAUUGUAUGUUGGACUUCUUUAUGGUCCCGAUUUUUGCCGCACCUAUCGUGUUCUCUCUCCAUCAGUCAUCGGUGGCGCCUCCUUUGAUGAUGCAUUGCUACGGCCAGUGCGCUGUGAUCAUCGAGGAAACGAGUGUCGUUGUGAGCAGUCAUAUGAGUUUGGAGAUGCGAUGCGUGUGUCUUGGGAUUGGCCGGCAGACUCGUACAGUGCAGACGAAUUUGUUGUUCAUUACACACUGAGUGAUAAUGUUUCUGAUGAUGACAGAUUGGUUAUCACGUAA